AUGUCCGACCUCCCACCGAGAGGUUGGGGUGCGAGGCCCCCUGGGGCAGUUCCUAGAAGCCGUCGUGGGGGGGACUCAGGCUCCGCACCACCAGCAAUACCACCAUCGGUUGCUGGCUCAUCGCCCCUGGGCGGUGAUGCCUCACCAAUCUCGCCAGACCCUACCUCGACUAGGGCCACAUACUCGACAGUUGUGCCGUCUCGAUCUCGCCACACGUUGCCCUGCCACAGGUCCCGUUCCACCACGGGUUCCGCCCAUUCGUCCACAGAUGAGUCUGACUCAGGGAUGGCCCACCCCCAGGAGAUGGAGGUUGAGGGCACUCAGGGAGGGGAGGAGGUCUCGAGGGACCCCUCCGUCGACCUACUCUUAGGUCAAUACGCCUUGAAGUUCCAAGACACAGUCGAGGAUCUUCCUGGCGAUCUCGAGGUAUUGACCACCUCCAUUGCGAAGGCCACAGACUGGGUUCUGCGGGCCACGCACCACAAUCCGCUCACCAUCGAUGGGGGUGAUGCCUUUGUGGCCCAGAUGACGUCCUUUGUGAAUGCCGUCAUGGCCACUGACUUUAGUCAUAUUUGCGGGCCAGGCGAACUCGACAACUUCUCACUCGCCUCUCUCCUCGAGGCUGAGACGUCUUCUAAGGAUGAGCCGACCAUUCACCCGGCUCCCGUAUUCAGGCCUCCUCCUCCUGCUGCCCAUGGGCCGCUCGAUGAGGGUGUCGCUGGCGUAGGGGCCCCGCCCGACGUCCUCAUGCAGGCUUUGGACGACCUCGGUCGUCCGGCCUCCCCUCCUCGCAUCCCCGCUUCCAAGAAGCGCAAGGGUGUUGAUCAUCCGGUCCCACCUCCUCCUCAGAAGAAGAGUAAGGUGGCCUACUCUCGCCCUGGUCCGCCUCCGCCAAUCAAUCGCGCCACUAAACCCAAGCCCCGUCCAACGACGUGGGCAGGGAUUGCCAAACAGGCCGCUCCGAUGCCUCCCCCGCCUCCUGGCUUGGGACCGCAGCUUCGUGGGCCUUCUCCUCCUCCCUCCGCAUUUCCAACAGGCCCGAUGAAGACUUCACCUCAUCGGUCCGUUCCCUCUUUUACUUCCGAGGGCCCCACCCGGAAGCAGGUUCUCGUGUCGUUCGGGGGUACCCCUCCCGACCUCACGAAAUUCUUCACCGAGUCGGCUGGAUGGUUGAUCUAUGCUGAAGGUCACCUCCAUCAUCUGCACCUACACGGUUUGUCGUUGGUCACCCCCGCUGUUGCCAGUCUGUCUGAUCUGGACAUACUGCGUAACUUUAUCCGCGAAAGCCUCCCAACGGGUACCCCGUUUGAGGUUGCGCUCCCGUCGUCGACAUCUUUCAUAAAGAUACUCGAUGUUCCUUACUUCGAUCCAAAAGGGUUGAAGAUCACCCAGGAGGUGCUUGAGAAGGCCCUCCGUACCUCGGUUCAUGCUGAGGUCUUCGCAUAUCUGAGCACCAAGCCUCGGAUCGACCGCAACUCGGCGCACUCGACAUCGUGCACCGUGUACUGCAACAUCUGGGACUCCCAGCAGGGAACCCGUGCCAAGAAGGCUUUAGGCCAACCGAUUUUCCUCGCUGGACGGUCCUGCGCAAUCAGGCCCGCUGCACGUCACACCAGGGUCCCGCUUUGCCAGCGUUGCUGGAAGUGGGGCCACCCCACUGUCGCUUGUAAGGCGAAACAACUCUCUUGCCCCAUCUGUUCGGGUCCACACGAGCAGAAGGAGCAUCGUCAACAUGCGGGAUGCUGCAAGGGCAACGCGAAAGCGAAACCCCCUGUGCCGCCCACCCCUCGCGACCAGCCCUGCCCCCACAAGGGCCGCUGCGUCAAUUGCCACAAGGACCACGCCGCCAACUCAGCUUCGUGCAAGUUCUGGGCCCAUCGCUACGACCGUGAGUGGAUCAUGGCCGAGUAUCGUCAGGUACAUGAGCACGCUGCUCGCUGCCAACUUACUAACCCCCGAACCUAG